AUGUCGUUCAACUUUGCAUGGCCCCAGUUCUCUCCCGAGUUUUACCAAUAUGCGAUGGAGACACUGACGAUGGCGCUCAAUCGGGGCCAGAAGCCCAAGUCGAUCGUGGGCGACAUCAUUGUCAAGGAACUGCAUAUGGGCACGACGCCACCUGAACUCGAGAUUCUCGAGAUUGGCGACUUGUCGCGCGAGCGUUUUCGGGGUAUUUUCCGGUUUGUGUACAGUGGGGAUGCGUACCUCGAAUUUUCGACGGGCGUCCAGGCGAAUCCGCUCGCGCGUGGUUCAGACGAGCCGAGCUUCUUCCGUGCCUCGUCCACGGCCCGCGGCAUGUUAUUCGCGGCGAGUCCACUGACUGUGCCCAUGCGCGUGCGUCUUUCGGAGGUCAAGCUACGUGCCAUUGUGGUGCUAGUUGUCUCGCGCAACAAAGGCAUCACGCUCGUAUUCAAAAACGACCCCCUCGAGAGCGUCAAGGUCAGCUCUACGUUCGACGGUGUCGGUGUGAUUCAGCGCUACCUGCAGGAAGAAAUUGAGGGGCAGCUCCGCGAAAUGUUUCGUGACGACUUGCCCAGCAUCAUUCACCGCCUGAGUCAAGACUGGCUCUGUGCAGACAUGGACGACAAAGCCACGCCACCUCGUCCGACGCCGCCACCUGCCCCAUCCGUCGAUCACGCGCGGCCAUCGGCGCCCUCGUCCAUGGACUCGGAGGCAUGGCCUAUCGACGACACAGCUGAUGUGCCUCUCUCUGUGCUGGCAUUGGAAGAGGCGACGCCGUCGACGCAUUCACCACACCUCGCCAAGCUCGCUGCCACAUCGCAAGGCUCACGCGGCCUCAAAGACCUCGUCCAGCCGUCUUCAUCGCAAGGCUCCUCUUAUGCACGCACCUUUCACACCACAAGUCGCGUGCGUGUGCCGCAUACGCUCACCUCACCGACGUCGCUGUCGAUGCCCGCUACGCCCACCCGACCCAAUCCGGUCAGCUCCGACAUCUCCGGACACCUGGCCGAAUUGCUUCGUGCGAAUCAUACACUGAGUCCCUUUACACCCCACCCGCGUCUUGUGGCACUGCGCACGAUGCCGGCUCAUCGCGCACGCCCUAGUCGUGUGCACGCUCAGCAAAAGCGGUCAUUCUCGCUGUCCUAG